AGCAGAAGGCGCGCAAAGCUCUGGUCGCAAAGGAAGUGCGAACGGGAAAGGAAACAGUCGGGUCAGCAUCAAGCCCCGCCCACCCGGUCGUGCAUUGGCGCGCUCUGGUGCAGCAUUCUUACCGCUCCCCUGUGCCUUCGCGGCUCGCGCAGUACUGCUGGAAAUAUGGCGGGCAUGAGCGCUUCGGGUCCCGGUCCGGCUGCGGCCGCCGGCCCCGUUCAACAGGGACUGAAGGAGGCACUCAUAGAAACAUUGACCGCUAUCCUAUCGCCUGUCCAAGAAGUGAGAGCGGCCGCCGAGGAGCAGGUCAAAGUGCUGGAAGUGACGGAGGAGUUUGGUGUUCACCUGGCUGAGCUGACUGUAGAUGCCCAGGGAGCCCUCGCUAUCCGCCAGCUGGCGUCCGUCAUCCUGAAACAGUAUGUGGAGACUCACUGGUGCUCCCAGUCCGAGAAGUUCAGACCUCCUGAAACUACUGAUCGGGCGAAGGUGGCGAUCCGUGAGCUGUUGCCGGCCGGGCUGCGUGAGGCCAUCAGUAAGGUGCGCUCCAGCGUGGCCUACGCCGUCUCCGCCAUCGCCCACUGGGAUUGGCCGGAGGCGUGGCCUCAGCUCUUCACACUGCUGAUGGACAUGCUGAUGAGCGGAGACGUCAACGCUGUACACGGAGCCAUGAGGGUUCUUACAGAGUUCACUCGCGAGGUUACUGACACACAGAUGCCUCUCGUUGCCCCAGUCAUUCUACCUGAGAUGUACAAGAUCUUCACCAUGGCAGAGGUGUACAGCAUCCGCACUCGCUCCCGAUCCGUGGAGAUCUUCACCACCUGUGCCAACCUCAUCUGUGCCAUAGAGGAGGUGGAGAAGGGGGCAGCAAAAACCCUGAUCUUCCCGGUGGUGCAGCAGUUCACAGAGGCCUUUGUGCACGCGCUUCAGAUGCCCGACGGGCUCUCUUCAGACAGCGGCCUCAAGAUGGAGGUGCUCAAGGCGGUCACUGCUCUGGUGAAGAACUUCCCCAAGCCCAUGGUGUCGUCCAUGCAGCAGAUCCUCCCCAUCAUCUGGACCACCCUGACGGAGAGCGCCUCCUUCUAUGUGAGGACAGAAGUGAAUUACACCGAGGAGGUGGACGACCCUGUGGACUCGGACGGUGAGGUUCUGGGCUUUGAGAACCUGGUGUUUAGUAUCUUUGAGUUUGUGCACACGCUCCUGGAGAACAAUAAGUUCAAGAGCACCGUGAAGAAGGCCCUGCCUGAGCUCAUCUACUAUAUCAUACUCUACAUGCAGAUCACAGAGGACCAGAUAAAGGUGUGGACAGCCAACCCUCAGCAGUUUGUGGAGGACGAGGAUGACGACACCUUUUCCUACUCCGUCAGAAUAUCAGCACAAGACCUGCUACUGGCAGUAGCAGCGGAGUUCCAGAAUGAGAGCGCUGCGGCCCUCGCUGCUGCCGCCACCAGACACCUGCAGGAGGCCGACCAGGCCAGGAACAGUGGCAACGAGCACUGGUGGAAGAUCCACGAGGCGUGUAUGCUGGCCCUGGGCUCGGUGAAGACCAUCAUCACAGAGAACGUGAAGAACGGACGGGUUCAGUUUGACAUGCACGGCUUCCUUGCCAAUGUCAUCCUCGCUGACCUCAACCUGCCAGCGGCGUCUCCCUUCCUGCUGGGUCGUGCUCUGUGGGCGGCGAGUCGCUUCACGGCGGCCAUGUCUCCUGAGCUCAUCCAGCAGUUCCUCCAGGCCACCGUCAGCGGUCUCCAUGAGAACCAGUCUCCCUCCGUCCGCAUCUCUGCCGUGCGCGCCAUCUGGGGGUACUGUGAUCAGCUGAAGCUGUCGGACAGCACCCACGUGCUGCAGCCCUUCCUGCCAAACGUUCUGGACGGCCUGGUCCAGCUGGCGGCUCAGUUCAGCUCAGAGGUUCUGACCCUCGUCAUGGAAACGCUCUGCAUCGUCUGCACCGUAGACCCCGCCUUCACCACCAGCGCAGAGAACAAGAUCUGUCCCCUCACCAUCGCCAUCUUCCUUAAAUACAGCAACGACCCGGUGGUGGCGUCCCUGGCGCAGGACAUCUUUAAGGAGCUGGCUCAGAUCGAGGCGUGUCAGGACCCCAUGCAGAUGCGCCUCAUCCCCACCCUCGUCAGCAUCAUGCAGGCCCCCCCAGACAAGAUCCCCUCCGGGCUCUGUGCGACGGCCAUUGACAUCCUGACGACGGUGGUGCGCCACACCAAACCUCCGCUGUCCCAGAUGCUCGUGUGCCAGGCCUUCCCCGUGGUGGCACAGUGCACCCUCCGCACCGACGACAACACUACCAUGCAGAACGGGGGUGAGUGUUUGCGUGCGUACGUGUCUGUGGCGCUGGAGCAGGUAGGGUCGUGGCAGGACGAGCAGGGCCACAGCGGUCUGUGGUACGUCAUGCAGGUGGUCAACCAGCUCCUGGACCCGCGCACGUCCGAGUUCACCGCCGCCUUCGUGGGCCGGCUGGUGUCCACGCUGAUCUCGCGCGCCGGCACGCAGCUGGGCGAGCAGCUGGACCAGAUCCUCAGGUCCAUCCUCAGCAAGAUGCAGCAGGCAGAGACGCUCAGCGUCAUGCAGUCUUUGAUCAUGGUGUUUGCACACCUGGUCCACUCCCAGCUGGAGCCGCUGCUGGAGUUCCUGUGCAGUCUGCCCGGCCCCACAGGAAAACCCGCCCUGGAGUUCGUCAUGGCCGAGUGGAUGAGCAGACAACACCUUUUCUACGGCCAAUACGAGGGCAAAGUCAGCACGGUGGCGCUGUGUAAGCUGCUGCAGCACGGACUCAACACCAACGACAAGCGGCUGCACGACAUCAUCGUCAAGGGAGAUGAGAUCUUCAACCAGGACGAGGGCAUUCGCACACGCUCCAAAUCAGCAAAAAAUCCAGAGCGCUGGACCAACAUCCCGCUGCUGGUGAAGGUCUUUAAGCUGAUCGUCAACGAGCUCUCGUCUGUGGUGGAGGCCAAUGCCACUCGCACCUCCGCUGCCGACUGGACCCAAGAAUCAGGAGGGAUGUGGGAGGAUCAGGAGGAGCAAGAGGAAGAUGAUGACGAUGAUGAAGGCCUGCAUGGACAGCUGCUCUCAGACCUCAUCUCCGCCAAUAAAUAUGAUGAUGAUUACUAUGAAGAUGACGAUGAAGACGACCCCGACGCCUUAAAGGACCCCAUAUAUCAGAUUGACCUUCAGGCGUACCUGACGGACUCAUAA